AUGGCGACCCCCACCAACGCCCCCAUCUCCGCCGCGGCAUCGGCACAACGUGGAAAGCCGACAAAGACGAGGAUAUACCCGCUCAUGUCACGCCGCCAGGUCGAGGGCUUGAUUGCUCAGGGCAGAGUUGUCGUCAUAAUUGAUCAAUUCGUCGUCAAGCUGGAUGGGUGGCUUGCAUACCACCCGGGCGGCGACAAGGCCAUCCUGCACAUGGUCGGGCGGGAUGCUACUGAUGAAGUCUCGGUACUGCACUCUUCUGAGGCCAGAUCGCAGAUGACGAGGUAUCGAAUCGGAAGAGUCGAGGGUCACUGGAGAAACUUCGUGCCGCCUAUCCAGGGAGGCAAGUUCAGGGCACUCGAAGAGGGCGGCUCCGGGGUCGACGACGUAGAUGACAACGACGACGAUACCAUGCGUUUCUUUGGUGCCCCCUACCCUAGCGAUGUCGAUUCUCGCGAAGCCUCCCCCGUCUUCGACACGGCAGACAGUCACGUCCGCUGCAGACACGGCGCCGCGCAGAGCUCGAGCCCGGCCUCCGUCUCUUCAGCGACUUCCACCACUGACGACGGCCAUGACGACAAGGACAUGGAUGGAACCGCCUUUCUUGACUCGGAGACGCGCAAGCAGAUCCGCCUCGACCUUGAUAAAUACCCUGCCCUAGACGACGGGACGCAGUCGGACAUUGUGCGCAAGUACCGGCUUCUCAACGAGCGCAUCAAGGCUGAGGGGUUGUACAAUUGCGACUACCGUGCCUACACUAUUGAGGUGAUGCGGUAUACACUUCUCUUCGCCGCUAUGCUGACCUUCCUGCGCUGGGGGUGGUAUUUUCUCAGUGCCGCUUGCCUCGGCUGCUUCUGGCACCAGCUGGUCUUCUCCGCUCAUGAUGCGGGGCACAUGGGCAUCACCCACAACUUCCACGUCGAUACGUGCAUUGGCAUCUUUAUCGCCGACUUCAUGGGCGGGCUGUCUAUUGGCUGGUGGAAGCGGAACCACAACGUACACCACAUCGUCACCAAUUCCCCCGAGCACGAUCCUGAUAUCGAGCAUUUGCCCUUCUUCGCUGUGUCCCACCGCUUCCUCGGCAAUCUGACGUCGUCCUACUACGAGCGCGUGAUGGAAUAUGACCUUGCAGCCAGGUUUUUCCUGUCGCUGCAGUCAUACUUGUACUAUCCCAUCAUGCUAUUUGGCCGCUUCAACCUCUACAGGCUCUCGUGGGACCACCUCAUUAUGGGCCGUGGUCCCAAGAAAGGCAUUGCCUGGUGGCAUCGCUGGCUUGAGGUAGCUGGUCAGGUCUUCUUUUGGGUCUGGUUCGGCUACGGCAUUGUGUACAGGUCUAUUCCUAAUAAUUGGGACCGCUUUGUCUUCGUGAUCAUCAGCCACAUGUUCCAAGCUCCGCUACAUGUCCAAAUCACGCUAUCUCACUUCGCCAUGAGCACAGCCGACCUGGGCCCUCAAGAGUCGUUCCCGCAAAAGAUGCUGCGCACGACGAUGGACGUCGACUGCCCGACGUGGCUCGAUUUCUUCCACGGAGGGUUGCAAUUCCAGGUGGUCCACCACAUGUACCCUCGCAUUCCGCGCCACAACCUGCGCAAGACGCAAAGGCUUGUGCAGGAUUUCUGCAAUGAUGUGGGCAUCCCUUACGCCCUGUAUGGCUUCGUCGACGGCAACAAGGAUGUCAUUGGUCGGCUCGCGGAGGUAUCUCGACAGGCGGCCAUCUUGGCGAAAUGCCAAAAGGUUGCCGCCCAUCAUAUCCAGGGCGGCCACCGUCACUGA